UCAUUAAGUAUAUUUCAUUAAGAAAUUUGCCAUUUCAAUCACUUAAAUUAAUUUGGAAAUACUUUUAUCGUAUAUUAUUCUUCAUUUAGAAAUUUACAAUACAAUUAUUCACUUUUCCUGUGAAACCCGAUUAUCGUUCCACAAAAAAGCGAGUUGGCGUAAAAUAUAAACCAGUUCAAAAUUGAUACUUCGAACUUAACUUAGCUAAAACAGUUUCUUAUUAUUUUUACAAUUUUAUUAAAAAUUAUAUUAAAUUAUGGAAUUUGUUAAGCGAGAGGAUGAGUCAAGACGAUUUCGCAAUCUCCGCUUCGUUAUAUGUGGAUUACUUACUGUAAUUUAUGUCACCUACUUAGCUUAUUUGAUAUAUACACUUGCAACAGAUAAGCCACUUCUGAAUGUUGAGCAAAAUUUCUUGGAUCAAAUAGAUGUUCCUGAUAUAAAAAUAUGUGGGACGUCUUCAGACCUGACAAUAUUACGUUGCGAUUUUAUAAUGAAAAAUGGGGUCAAUAAUGACCUUAAUAGUUGUAAUAGCUAUAUAAGUACUGAUGUAACCGAUUUGGGUGCCCAUCGAAAUUUCUGUUAUACCUUCAAGGCUAACAAAACUAUCAAGUAUGCCCACCCAGACAAGCCUAUUGAUGGUUUGUCAAAGAUUGGAUUCUAUUUUUAUGAAAAUACAACCGCUGCAGAAGUAAAUGCUCUUGGCAUAGCUUCACUUUCCGUACAAUUAAUUUCCCCUGAUUUCGAUCCAUUUCUGCAACCAGACAAGGUUGUUAGUGAAAUGGACAAGGCUACUCGAUCAGAGUUGAAACUUCAAUGGAAUUUUAUUGCUGGAAUGUCUCAAUAUGUUGCAUUGGUCAAAUUUAAAACGAGCGUAUAUAAUGCUAUUCUUCCGGGUGAUGCUAGUGCUAUUAUAGGAUUUGGUCCCCAUUACCAUACAACACCAAAGAUAGAAAGCUUAGUUAAUUAUUUUCCUUUUAAUAGUAAUCCAUUUAAUGCACCACCUGGAACAACUGGUUAUUUCUCUGUGGCUGCUGGAAGUUUUAUUCAGGAAUCAACAACUGAAAAUCGUUCAUCCACUAUUCUAGGUGCUAUUGGAUCAGCUGGUGGUGCUCUAGGAGUUGUUGGAGGCAUUGCUGUGGUACUCUUUGGUGAUUCUCGUGUGAAUCCAUGGGGUUACGCACAUAAACUCCUUAAGGAAAAAACCCCAAAUGUUUUUGUGAUUGACGUUGAUGAUCCAAAUGACGCUAAAGAUCAAAUUCUAAAACUUUCACCUAAUCGAUUAAAGCUCAGUCAAGAUGAACGGACAAAUCUCAUCGAACAUGAACUUACUGAAAUUAAAUCCGUGAUUAAACAUUACUUAUUAGAACAUUAAUAAUUGGGUUAUUUUAACAAUGGUAUGAAUUUGUAAAAAAAUGUAUUUAUUAUUGUAUAGUAUUUUAAAUGACGGACGGAAAUGUAGU